CGAGACUUCGGCGGAGACCUCCCUCUUUGGUCUCGGCCGCCGACAUGCCAUCCAGACUGAGGAAGACCCGGAAGCUGCGGGGCCACGUGAGCCACGGCCACGGCCGCAUCGGCAAGCACCGGAAGCACCCGGGAGGACGCGGUAAUGCUGGUGGUAUGCAUCACCACAGGAUCAACUUUGACAAAUAUCACCCAGGUUACUUUGGGAAAGUUGGUAUGAGGCAUUACCACUUAAAGAGGAACCAGAGUUUUUGUCCAACUGUUAACCUUGAUAAAUUGUGGACAUUGGUCAGCGAGCAGACACGGGUGAAUGCUGCCAAAAACAAGACUGGAGUUGCUCCCAUCAUUGAUGUGGUUCGAUCGGGCUACUACAAGGUUUUGGGGAAAGGAAAGCUUCCGAAGCAGCCUGUCAUCGUGAAAGCCAAAUUCUUCAGCAGAAGAGCUGAGGAGAAGAUUAAGGGUGUUGGGGGUGCCUGUAUCCUGGUGGCUUGAAGCCACAUAGGAGGUUCAUUAAAUGUUUAACAUCCUUU